UCUCUUGGUGCAAGUUAUUAGUUAUGAAAAGGUUGGCAGUUGAAUUGUGGACCUCUGCUUCCUAUUUUAUCCCAAAAAUAAAUAAUAAAUAAUAACACAUCUGAACUCUUUAUUUUUUUUGGCAACUCACUUCACAAAACUUCUCUUCUUCUCCGACCUCACCACCAGGAGAUGUCGAGCAUUAUAUCAAGCCAACAUUGUAAUUUGUCAGUUGGAGCUCAUCAUCAGGACCAUCUUUGCAGAGGAAGAUAUUACAAUUGUAAUAAUAAUAAGCUUCCCUGUUUUCGUUGCUCAUAUGCUCAAUUUAGUUGUCGCCUAUUAAGUGUCAGGAAAUCCAGGCCUCCUGUUUUCUCCACUCCUGUGGAUAAUAAUGUUAAUGAUGAAUCAGAAGAUGAAAACGAGGAUACUUCCAAAGAUGAUGUUGGAGGGGUUGAUAGCGAAAUACUAAGAAGGAAUCUGGAAAGAAUUGUUGGUACAGAUGAUUCUGCCUUCAGUGGAAUAGACCUUGCAACUCUUAUUAGAAACAAGUAUGGUAGGUCUUAUGAUGUUCAACUUAUAAAGAAGGAGUUCAUGGGAAGAAAUCUUCUUGCCUUGAAUGUCAUGUGGAGGUACAUGGAGCAGAGGUCCUUUCCACUGACUGAAGAAGAGUACAUAUUAAGACUCGAUGAUGUAGCAAAUACAUUGAAAUGUUGGGGAGCUGUCUCACACAUUAGAAACAGCUUGGCAAAGUCGAAAGAACGUCCUCGGAUAGGGAAGGCAGUAAGCAUUUUUAUAGACAUGGAUGAGUCAGGAGGACGGGCAAAUGAAUGGAUUUACAAGUAGAUUUUCUGUUUAAUCUACAUUUUCAUUCUGCCACAUUGAUCCACCCCAAUGAAGCCAUUGAUCCAACUCUGAUGGUUACUCUUCGAUCUGUUCCAGAGAAAGUGGACGUUAUAAGUGAAAAAGGCCAAAGGCAUUGAACAUAAGCUACUUUGGUUCUUUAUUAUAGUCAUAGAUACCACAAAGGUAUGUGAAGCAUCAUUAUAGUGUCAGUAAAAGCCUAACUUUGUAUUUCAUACAAGAAACAAUACUUUUGAAACUUCUCUCCUUGGGAUAACAAUAUUGGUUAUGUUCCUUAGUAAAUUCCAUUUAUGAGGAUAUUCUUUUCAAGAAUCAAA